GUUGAAAUGGAAAUUUAGAACAGUCUGUUGUUUGAGCUACUAUCACGAAGUUCGAACACUUGAGCUUUAUUUUCAAAAGACUUCAGAUUAUUAGGGCAUAAAAUAGAAUAAAUAAAAGUUCCAACAUGCAGCCGAUUUUGGUUUUAUUCGUUGCAUUAGCGGUAUUUUGUGAAAAUGCAUUUGGAGUGAAUUUUCCAACUGACAUUCUGAAAUGUAAAAAGGGUGAUACGGAUUGUAUAGUAAAAUCAGCAAAUAAAGUGCUGCAAAGUUAUGGUGCGGAAGGUGCUCGAGCAAUCAAUCUGUUACCACUGGAUCCCUUAUUGAUCCCACGUAUUUACAUAAAACAAGGUGCAGAAAGCCCAGUGAACGUUGAAUUAAUUUAUACAAAUAAUACCUUGAAUGGAAUUAAAAAUUGUGAAUUUUUUGGAAUAAAGGGUUUUGAUGAAAACAUAGAAGGGAAUUAUGAAAUACGAGCAAAAGGACCAAUUGUGUCACUCCUAGGACCCUAUUCAAUUAACGGCAAAAUUCUGGUUCUUCCGAUUCAAGGCGAGGGCCAAAGUAAUAUCACAAUAAUGAAUCCGGAAAUGUUAGUCAAAUUCAAUGGCAAAAAAAUUGAAAAGAAUGGAAAAAUCUACAUGAAACCAGAUAAUACAAGAUUAACAUUCACAACUACUCGAAUUUAUAUGCGAUUAGAAAACCUCUAUAACGGAGAUAAGGUGCUUGGAGAAAGUACGAAUACAUUUUUGAAUGAGAACUGGAACGAAGUUUUUCCAGAAAUCAGAAAGUCCGUGUUCGAUGCAUUAUCACAAAUUGUCGAAUCAUACAUGACAAAUGUUUUCACAAAAAUUCCAUACAACGAACUGUUCGCUGAGGGUAAAUAGACGCAUAAUGCGCAUUCGAUAACAAAAUUUGUAUUGAAUUGGGGUUGACCUAUUGGUAAUAGAAUUCGUCUCAUUGUGGUUGUAAAUGUUUUAAAAUUAACAAUAAAUAGUACCAAAUGCCUGUGGUUUAUAUUAUGAAUUAA